AUGGCGAUCGACUGGGUUGGUUUUGCAUAUGCUGCGUUGCUGGCUGUUGGAGGUGUUGUAGGAUACACGCGCAAAGGUAGUAAAAUCUCUUUAGCUGCUGGUCUCACCUUUGGUUCUGUGGCUGGUUACGGAGCUUACUGCGUAACACUUGAUCCAAGAAAUGUGAAGAUAUCAUUGUUUUCAGCUUUUCUUUUGACCAUUGUAAUGGGAAUGAGGUUCAAGAGGUCCAAGAAAUUAAUGCCAGCCGGACUAGUAGCAUGCCUGAGCCUUUUGAUGAUUUUGAGGCUCGUUUUUAUGCUGCUGUAG